UCCCACUAGCGUUUAUAAAGCGUUACCAGUUCCUCAAAGGAAUGUAUGAUUUAGAUCAACCUGAGAAGUUCUUGGUUUUUCUGUGACCUAUAAGAAAUGAUCCUAUACCACAUGGAGAAAUUCCCCAUUCCUGGUGAUCCCUGUCUACAGGAGUUGAAACCAACUUUCACCAAGUUCACUUGACCAAGCAUUUUAUACAGGACGUUGACAUUAGCAAAUUAAUUUGUAAAGGCUACUUUCGAUUUCAACUGCAUCAGUUAUCAAAAAUGCAAGAAAAGCGAAAUGUUCAGAUAAUCGAAUGGGAUGACUUGGACAAGAAAAAAUUCUACUGUAUUGGUGUUUUGAUGACUCUGUCUUUGCGGCUUACAGUGUAUCCAGCUGCACUAAUUAGGACAAGGCUUCAGGUACAAAAGGGGAAGAGUUAUUACCACGGCACUUUUGACGCAUUCAUUAAAAUCCUACGAGCCGAAGGCAUACGAGGACUUUACAGAGGAUUUCUGGUGAACACAUUGACCCUAAUCUCUGGCCAAGGAUAUAUUACAACCUACGAGCUGGUACGUGUCUAUGUGGCCAACUACAGCAAUAGUAAUGCUGUUAAGUCACUUGUAGCGGGAGGCGCAGCAUCACUUGUGGCACAGAGCAUUAUUGUGCCUAUUGAUAUCAUAUCGCAGCACCUGAUGGUUGCAGGCCACAAAGGGAACCUGGGCAGGUUCAAGCUGUCAUCAAAUGAUAGAAAAUACAAACAAGCAUUCGGACAAACUCAGGAAGUUGUCACUCAAAUUUUCAGGCUUGACGGCCCAAAAGGAUUUUACAGAGGAUAUUUAGCUUCUUUGAUGACGUACAUUCCUAACAGUGCCAUCUGGUGGCCUUUUUAUCACUUCUAUGCAGAACAGCUGUCAAAAUUGGUUCCCAAUGAAUGCCCUCAUCUGGUUCUCCAAGGAAUUGCUGGACCACUGGCAGCAGCCACAGCAUCUACACUCACCAACCCAAUGGAUGUGGUCAGGGCUAGGGUUCAGGUGGGGGGAAGGUCCUCGAUAAUUGGAACUUUCAAGCAUCUUCUAAGAGAAGAAGGUCCGUUGGGCCUGACCAAGGGAUUGUCAGCGCGCAUCUUAUCCUCUGCCCCAACAACUCUCCUCUUGGUGAUUGGUUACGAAACACUGAAAAAAAUAAGUUUGAGGAGAGAGCUAAUGGAAUCUCGACACUGGUAGCUGCUUUUGAGCUAGGAUCUAAUUGCAACAAACAAAUGCAAGUUUCUACGGUGGCUAUUAAUGCAUUGUUAUGAAAGUUGAUCACCUUAUAUGUGAACAUACUGACUGAAAUGUUAAACUUCAUUGAUGAUGCAAGUACCACAUUAAGGCAAAGGACCUUAUUCUAAAAAUUAUCUUUGUCUUUUGGUUUAAGAGUGUUAUCACACCCUAGUUAGACUCUAUAGUGUCUGAUAUUCUGUAACCUUGAUCAUAAAUUCAUGUCAUGAGUGUCUGAACUGGGAAUCAAAUCUUUAUGAACAGUCUCUUAGUGCAGCCAAUGGUGUAAUAUUGUCAUACUGUAUGCACUUGAAUUAUGGAAACACCUAUCAGUCCAUUGAUAGAUUUUGACUUUCAAAACCUGGGAUUUGUUGGGGAAGAUUUUAAGUUGCAUUACAUAAAGUUGCUGCACUACCAGUAAGAUUGGUGCUGCUAGAGGUUGGUGAUGAGGUUAGGAGAUUUCUUGGCUUGAAAUGCUCGCAUAUUGGUCCGAGUGAAAUUGCUGUCCUCAUAGCCUCCCUAAUAUAUGAAUGGAAAUAGACUGAAGCUGCAUUUACACUGUAAGCCAGGAACAGAAUGAAUCACUCCUGAGAUUGUUCCACAUUUUGAAGCGUUGGCUUGGACAGAUUCCUCAAACUUCAUUUCCUUUCUCUCUUUAUUCAGCUAUUUUAAAGGCUAAAAGUGGUGUUUAAAUGCCCCACAGUGUUAUUCAAGCAGCUUGGAUCACUUUUAGUUUUAGGGGCAGAAUAGAUUCUGUGCAUUUAAUAGAAAUUAAUUAAUAUUUAUUUGAUGGUUCAUAAUGUACUUGUGAGUAACUGUUUCAUCUUCAUAAAACUUUUGCUUUUGAUAGCUACAAAUCAAAACAAAAUGGCAGCUUCAGUAUUUCUCAUUGACUUUUUACAGAGACAGUCAGGUGACAUAGGCUCACUGAACAGGGUCUUUGGACCAGAGUACAUAGCUAUAAUUGAGUACCCAUUUUAAAAUACACAUUUUAUUCUGUUUAUUCUUACAAUAAAUUCCAGUGCUAUCAUUUAUAAUGGGAAGUACCUGUCAUAAGGUAAUUAUACUUUCCUGUCGGUACUCAAAAUUACAUAGAAUUAUCAUAACAGAAACACAUCAUUCUGCCCAAUUGUGUCAAUGUUUCACACAAAUGUCCUCCCACUGAAUCUUCAUUUCACCCUAUAUUCUUUGUCUCACACAUAAUUCCCUAGCUCUCCCAUAAAGGCAGAAAAUGUGACCUUUUCACAGAGGAACCUAUAAUAGUAAAAUGAAGAAAUGAACGAAGUCUAACAGUUUUACUUGAUCUUCCCCGCCAUUGCACACAGGAUAUGAUGAGAAAAUAUCUUCUGAGGAGCAAGGAUUGUGGAUAGGGGAAUAAAUGGUUUAAACCAAUGCAGACAGAAUUCAGUCCCUGUUUUAAUGUCAUUUUACCUCAUUCUUUAUUUUUCUAAUUGAAUUAUAAAUUUCUUUCUAUAUUUAUAAGAGCAACUGUCUUUGGGGAAAUGGUUCCCAGUUCAUCUCAGUGAAUCAUACAGCACAAAAUGAGGCCUUUCGCUCAUUGGGCAUAUGCCAGUUCCUUGAAAGCAUUAUCCAAUUAGUCCCACUCUCCAACUCUCACUUUUCCCCCCAACGGCCUAGAAAUGUUUCCUUUCUAAGUAUUUACCUUAUUUAUUUUAGGAAGUCAUGAUUAAGUCUGCUUUUACCAUUCUUACAAACAGUACAUUCCAAAUAUUAACAACCCCUUGUGUUUUUAAAAUAACAGCUUCUCGUAUCUCCAGUAGUCUGUUGCCAAAUACAUUAAACCCAGUUACCGAAGAAAAGGAGAGCUAUCAAAACCAUUCACAGUAUCUAAUCUCCCUUUUAAUCUUCACUGCUCCGAGAACAAUCCCAAUUUCUGUAAUCUAUCCAUUAAGCUGAUGCCCUCCCUGUUGGUAGUAAAAACUAUGUAUUCUAAGGCCAUACUACCUUUCCUGAAAUUCGGUACCCAGAAUUGGACAAUAUACUGCAGUUAAGGCCUAACCAGAGACUUGUAAUAUGUUAGCAUAACCUCUUAGAAGACACCACAUAUGAUAAAUACAUUCUGGUCCAUCUAUAGUCUGUUUCACCACCUCUUCUCUGCAGCCUCUCUAGCCCCAGAUUCCUCUGACAUAUCUGCCUUCCUCUUGUUCUGCCCUCUUGUUUAUUUCCAAUUUCUUUGCUCAAUCCCAGCUGACAUUGCCACCCUCACCUAUCACUUUGAUAGCUCCUUAUGUGCUCAAUAUUAAUUUUUAUUUGUCCUAUUUAGUGUCAUGUGAUGCUACUUAAAUGCAGCUGUUUUGCAUUUGUCACCACAGCCCUGGUGAGAAGGUGGCAUUGAUAGUUCCCAUUAUGAAUGUGAGAAAAUUAACAUUGUCAGAGAACUUCAGGAAUUUAUGAAAAUAGCAGGGAAAGGAAAAGCUAGCUUAUCGAGUUUGUCCCGCACUGUUGACAGCUGGAGAAUUGUAGCUAAAUGCUUCCUAUUGGCCCAUACUCCCUAUUGUGUAUUGUCUCUGAUGCUCCACCCUCCUUAGUACCCACCCUCCUAUUGUCCCAAUGCCAGUGACACCCACCCUCCACAAUGCUCCACCCCUUCCCUAUUUCCCUAAAGAUAGAAACUUACCUAAUGUUGAGCCUAUUCCUAUUUUACCGUCAUUUAUAUGCAUGACCCAACCCUCACCAAUCUGUCGAACUGAAAUAAUCAAUUUAAAGGGUGUGCAUUUCAACUCUUUGUGUUAUUUUACAGACCUCUACCAGGUUGCCUCCAGGUCUGUGCUACUCCAAAGUUAAAAACAAUUGCUAUUAUUGCAAUGGCUAAGACUCUUUAAAGUAGAAAUCAUUCCUGUACCUCUCAUCCAAACCUUUUCCAGGAGCAUUCCCACCAUUUCUGGGUGCAGUACUUUCAGUGUGAUCUGACCAAUAACCUUCAUAGUAUUUUUUGAACUUCCCUAAGGCAGCUCUUAAGUUUAUUAUAUAUCCCAAAGUCAGUUUAUCUUGAGAGUGCCUAUUCAGUCUGAUGUCAUUAUAGUUCAGUCAUUCACUGAACACUGUCCUUCACACGGUCCACUAGCAUUAAACAAAAAUGCAAGUCGAUCAUCAAAUCUUUGAAAAAUUGCUCCAAAAGUGGGUGCCAACUAGUAUGCUGAGUAUAAAAGUCAACAGUGGUAAUGGCUGUCUGGCAUCCUUGUCAUUGUCUGCUCUGCGUAGAUGUGUCUGUAAUUCCCACACGUCUUUGCAAUGUGACCUGUAUUGCCUGCUUAAUCCUUUGUGCCCAGUUACAUGGUACCAGGAAGUAAAAUGUCAGUUUACAAACACAUAAGAACAUGCAUAUUAUAAAGAGGAGUUGGCCAUUCAGCUCCUCUAACCUGCUCCACCAUUUGCUAAGAUAAUGACUGAUCUGAUUGUGACCACAACUUCACAUUUCUGCCUACCCCCAAUAUUAUGAGAGUCUUUUGUUAGUGAAGAAUCUAUUUCCCAUUGCUUUAAAAGUAUUCAAAGACCUGCCUCCACUAUUCACCAGGCAAGAGAGUUCCACAGCUUCACAACCGUCUAAGAGACAGAUGUCCCUUGUCAGUGGCAUCUUAAAGGAAGACCCAUUAUUUUUAAACGGUCACUGAUUUUAGUUCCUUGCCCUCAAGGGGAAUCAUCCUUUCAGCAUAUGUCUUCUCAGAUUCCUUCAAUAUCUUAUCUGUUUCAAUAAGAUCACCUUUCCUUCUUCUAAACUUAAAUGAUCACAGGCCCAAAUUGUCCAACCUUUCCUCAUAAGAUAACCCUAAUCCAGGUAUCAGGGAAGUGAACCGUCUCUGAUUUAUACUAAACAUACUUGUAUCCUUUCUUACAUAAUGAGACUAAGUGUACACAGUCUUCCAAAUGUGGCCACACUGCAUUCCUAUACGACUGUCGUCAAACAUUGCUCCUUUUAUAUUCCGUUCCCCUCACAAUAAACAACCACGUUUCAUUACCUUUCUAAUCACUUGCCAUACCUGCAAAGUUAUAUUCAUGUACCAGGACUCCCAGCUCCCUCUGUACGUCAGAGUUUUGCGAUCUCUCUCAAAUUAAAAGAAUUGUUGCUUUUUUAUUUUUCCAGCCAUAGUGAAUGAGUUCAUAUUUUCCCACAACAUCGUCCUCUAUCUGUCAGUUUUUCUUUUGCUCAUUCACUUCAUCUAUGUCCCUUUGCAGACUUCAUAUGUCUUCAGAACUUGCUUUCUUACCUAUUUUUGUCUCAUCGGAUAAUUUAGUAAUUAUACAUUUGGUCCCAUCUUCCAAAUCAUUGAUAUAGAUAAUAUAUAAUUAAGGUUGCUGUCUGUGGCAAACCACUUGUCACACCUUACGACCUAAAAUAAAUUCAUUCAUGCCUAUCCUGUUUCCUGUUAUCCAACCAAUCCACUACCCUUUCUAAUAUGUUAGUUCCUACACCAUUACAGUCAAACAUGAUUUCCCUUUUUAAAAGCCAUGCCAACACUGCCCGAUUGCAUUAAGAUUUUCUGCUUAUAAUAAUAGAUUCCAGCAUUUUUCAGAAGUAAACUGUGUCGAGUUACCUGCUUUCUGUCUCCUGUUCUUGUAUGCAUUUGCUAUUUUCUAAGCUGAUGUAACCAUUCCAGAAUCUACAGAGUUUUGUAAAUAAAAAGCAAUACAUCUACUAUCUCAGCUGCCACCACUUUCAACAAACAAGGAUGAAGACCAAGAGGACUUGUCAGCUUUUAGUCCUAGUAAUUUCCUCCACACCUUUUUCCUGCUGAAUGUAAUUGCUUUCAUUUUGCUCCCACAUUCUGAUACAUCAGAUGAUACACGAAGAGUCACCAGACUAAAAAUGUUAACUCUGCUUUCUUCCCUCAGGGGCUGCCAGGCCUGCUGAGUUUCACCAACAAUUUCUGUUUUUGUUUCUUUUCAUGCUGUUAUGUUUCUAGCUAGUUUUCUCCCAUAUUCUUUGUUUUGCGCUAGUUAUUAAUCUUUCAGUCAUUCUUCGCAGUCUUUAUAUUCUGUCCAAUCUUCAGACCUAAGAUCACCUUUGUCAAAUUAAAUGCUUUUUAUAUUUUUUCAGUUUAUAGUACAAAUAUAAUGGGCCAAAUAGCCUUUGUACAAUUAUAACAAAUAUGACAGGAGUAGGCCAUUCAGUCCAUCAAUCCUGCUCCACCAUUCAAUAGGAUCAUUAAUCCCCGACUGAUCAAGAAUCUAUCCAUCUCAACCUUAAAUAUACACAAGGACUUGAGUGCCUCCUUGUGCAAUGUAAUGAUUCUGUGAUAUUAUCUUUAGCUGCAAUGGUGCAUUCUUCCCUUCUUUCUGGAAUGAGUAUUUUCUGAGUAUUCUGAAAUAUCUCCUUUAAUAUUUGCUGCCAUGUCUCUGCUGACCUAUCCCUUAAGUUAGCUUCCUAGUUGACUUUGGCUAGCUCUCCUUUCUAUGCCCUUACUAUUUCCUCAUUUAAGUAGCAAACAUUAGUAUUGCAUCCAUUCUUCUCUCUGUCAAACAAUAUGUGAAAUGUUAUCAUUUUGGGAUCGCUACUACCUAGAUAAUAGCCUUUAAGAAGCAGUUAUUCAUUUAUUCUGUCUCAUCACAUAAUCAGGUCUACUAUAGCUAAACAGUAGCUAGCUCUCUGGCUGUGUAAAACAUGCUGCUGUAAGAAACUGUCCCAGAAAUAUUCUUUGUAAUCUCAAUAUUGAGGUUACCCUUGCCAAUCUGAUUUGUCAAAUCUAUUUGUAGAUUAAAAUCCUGAUUAUUUUCAUACCUUUCUCACAAAAUCAUGCUAUUUCUUCUAUAAAUACCAUGUCUUGGAAUGUAGUUGCUGUAAACGUCCUAUAAACCACUCCCGCAAGUAAUGUCUCACAUUUACAAUUUCACAUAUUUACCCAAACUGGUUCCACACCUUGAUCUCAGAACUAAGGAUAUCACUGUGGACCAAUGCCAUCUUAAUUAAGAGAGCUAACUUUCCACUCUGAUUCAGCUUCUGGCCUUUUGUAAAGAUCAUAUGCCAUUAAAUAUUCAGAUCACAGUCUCUUCCAUCUUGUAGGCAUGUCUGUAAUGUCUUCUAGGAGAAAGUGAGGACUGCAGAUGCUGGAGAUCAGAGCUGAAAAUGUGUUGCUGGAAAAGCGCAG